AUGGCGGCCGCCGCUCACCCCCGGGUCGCUCGGGUCCUGCCAAUGUCACGUUCUUCUAUUACUGCAUUAGCCACAGCCGUGGUUCAUGGCCCACCCCAGCGCCAGCUUCACCAUGCACUCAUACCUCAUGGGAGAAGUGGGCGCUCCUCAGUCAGUGGGGUGGUGGCCACUGUGUUUGGAGCAACAGGAUUCCUGGGCCGAUAUGUUGUCAACCAUCUUGGGCGUAUGGGGUCACAAGUAAUCGUACCCUAUCGGUGUGAUACAUAUGACUACAUGCACCUUCGUCCAAUGGGUGACCUGGGCCAGAUUAUCUUUCUGGAAUGGAAUGCAAGAAACAAAGAUUCUAUACGAAGAGCAGUCGGACACAGCAAUGUGGUCAUCAAUCUUAUUGGGCGAGACUGGGAAACCACAAACUUUGAUUUUGAGGAUGUUUUUGUGAAAAUUCCCCAAACAAUUGCUCAGGUGUCCAAGGAAGCCGGAAUUGAAAAAUUUAUUCACAUUUCACAUCUGAAUGCUGAUAUUAAAAGUACUUCUAGAUAUCUGAGAAAUAAGGCUGUUGGAGAGAAAGAAGUGAGAGAUGCGUUUCCAGACGCCACUAUCAUAAAGCCAUCAGACCUCUUUGGACGAGAAGAUAGAUUCCUCAAUUAUUUUGCAAAUAUGCGCUGUUUUGGUGGUGUACCUCUUGUGUCCUUGGGCAUGAAGACAGUGAAACAACCAGUAUUUGUUGUAGAUGUAUCCAAAGGAAUUGUGAAUGCAGUUAAGGAGCCAGAUGCCAAAGGGAAAACUUUUGCCUUUGUUGGGCCCAAUCGAUACCUACUUUUUGACCUGGUGCAGUAUAUCUAUGCUAUGGCUCACAGACCCUUUCUCCCAUACCCUUUGCCACGUUUUGCCUAUCAAUUGAUAGCACGAGUCUUUGAAAUCAGUCCAUUUGACCCCUGGACAACGAGGGAUAAAGUGGAGCGGGUUCACAUCACCGACAUGACAUUGCCUCACUUGCCUGGCUUGGAAGACCUUGGUAUUCAGGCCACUCCCCUGGAACUGAAGGCCAUCGAGGUGCUGCGGCGUCAUCGCACGUACCGCUGGCUGUCCUCUGAAAUGGAUGAGGUGAAGCCAGCCAAGACUGUCAACUUUUAA